UGUAUCAGUUCGUUACUUCAGUUCGGUGUUCUUGUGUUCUUGCAUUUCCAAAAGGCGUCAUAUAUACAAUUUUGCAGCAACAGCAAAUACAUAUAGUGUACGUGUGUUCUAUAUCAACUACCAAACCAAAGCCAGUUCGUUUACUUUCCAAGUCAUUUUCUCGACGUACAUUGAAAGUGAUUGUUUUGCUGUGUGUGCUCUUUCCGUGCAAAAUAAAAUAUAACCGACGCUCUACUCUUCGUGACUAAAUUCUUAACGUGAAAUCAACUAAAAAGUAAAGAUGGCAGAAAAACCAAAGCGUCCUCUUUCCGCAUACAUGUUGUGGUUGAACGACAACCGUGAACAAAUCAAACGUGACAAUCCAGGUAUCAAAGUCACAGAGGUUGCCAAGCGAGGUGGUGAAUUGUGGCGCGCACUAAAGGACAAGAGCAAAUGGGAGGCCAAAGCCGUUGAAGCCAAAGACAAAUACACCAAAUUAGUCAAAGAGUACGAAGCAAACGGAGGUGGCAAAGACUCUGGCAAGAAGCGCGGCUCCAAACAAACACGAAAAGCCCCAACCAAGAAGAGCAAGAAACAAGCUGACUCAGAGGAUGAUGACGAAGAAGAAGAAAGUGAUUAGAUUAAUUACUUGAAAAAGACUUCAGAUCAGCAAAACAUCCAUCAUUCGAAGCGAUAACAAAACAAAAACAACAUAAAAAAAAAUAAUUGACUUGAAUUGUGUUUUGAGUAAAAUAAAAUAUAAAAAAUGAAAGAAAAAUCACACAAAAAAAAACAUUAACAAAACAAUGAACAAAACAAACAAUACAAGAUGAAAAAAAAAUGAAAUUAAAUGAAAAGAAAAAAUGAAGCAACUUAAGAAAAAUCAUCGCAAGAACUAUUCAAUAUGGUUUCAUUCUGUUCUAAAAUUGUGUGAACGUAGCUGAUUUCGUGUCAACCACAUGUUUGAAUAAUUCUCGAUUUUUCUUAAUUUGCAAAUCAAUUUUUAAUUUAAAAAAAAUGUCCUUUUUUCUUUCAUUUUUCUUUCGUAAAAAGUUCAAA